AUGUUCUUCGAGAACUGCUACAUAACAUGGGUAAAUCUCUCUGGAAACUCAAUAGGUUCGAACGGUGCUCGAGCAAUGGGGAGCGUCCUCAAGGAAAACCAAGCCCUACAAUGGCUUGAUCUGUCUUUCAACAACUUUGUUGACAAGGACGCGAGACCACUCGCUGAGGGUUUAAAAAGCAGCACAACCCUUAAAUUCCUCAACUUGAGUAGAAACUCAUUUUGCGAGGCAGGCGGAGAGUUAUUAGGUCUAGCCUUGGAGGAAAACAAUAGCAUUACUGAGCUGAAUCUUAGCUGGAAUCAUUUGCGGUUAAGGGGAGCUAUCGCCAUCUGCAAAGUCAUGGCAAAAAAUAGCGCCAUCAAAAUCCUCGAUCUGUCCUGGAAUGGUUUUGCCGACGACGGAGCGGAAGCAAUGGGAAACGCGCUGAAAAAGAAUGAUGCGCUUCUUGAACUGGAUCUAAGCCACAACCGCAUAAGUGGAAAAGGUGCGUUUGGAUUAGCUAAGGGUUUGGAAAUAAGCAGAAGACUACGAGUGCUGAAGAUUGGAUUUAAUCCUUUCGGAAACCCUGGAGCAUAUGCUUUCUUAAAAGCAAUCGAAGGAAACCCGAAUUCAGCCUUGGAUGAAAUCCAUCUUGACAACAUUACUUUGAAAGAGAACUUUGAAAUCCUCCUGGCAGAGUUAAUAAGAAACAAGCCCGCCUUACAAGUCACCCAUGCUGUUUCUAUCCGUGACAGAAAAAGAGGCUCCGAAGCCGGUUACCAUGACGACCAAGGCAAUGACACCGGAGGGCGAGUGAAGCAUGAAUUGCUGACAGCGUUGAAGACGUUCCUGUCGGAGAGAAGACUUCGUGCUCUGGACCUUUUCAACUGCUUGGAUAAGGACAAGACACAGAGUGUGUCUCCAAAUGAGAUGUUUAUCGGUCUGAAGAAACUCAGCGUGCCGCUAAGUGACUUACAGUUGAAGAGACUGAUCCGCGUACUCGACAAAGACGGGGACGGAGAGAUCGAUUAUGGAGAGUUCGCCGCAGUCAACGAAAAAUGACCUAUUUGAUUUCUCCCCAUGAACUUACGUGGGAGACACACAGAUCCUUACCAUGCUGGACCGAGAUCGACAGGUUUAAGUUUAUUCGCUCUGACGAAGAGCUUACGCUAGAAACAACAAAUUUAUCUUGCUUUUCCCCCUCCCCCCCCUUCCCCCUUCCCCCCUCUCCCACCGAAGUAGCAUCACAGUUUCGUUAGCAACUUACCCUCUUUAUUCAUUUGAGGUAAGCGGAUGGGCUCGGAUCCCAUCAAAGAGGUGCAGGAACUUUCUACGAAUGCUCCUUUAUGCCAUAGAGACCGGGAUGAGCUCCGGGAGUAGUGUACAACAAUUCGUGAAGAAAAUACAACGCUUAAAAUCCACAACAGCAUUAUAUAUAUUUGUAUAUAUUUGUUACGAACCGACAAAAUGGCCAGCUCUUAAUUGCAUUAUUAAUCAGUUCACAAAUAUGAUUUUCAUACAUUCACAGUCAUUUAUUUUAUAUGAUGAAAAUACAAACAGCACAGUAAAAGCGAUUAAAAAAACCAAACGAUAACAGUCGUAAGAAAUGUGUUCGGUUGAUGAAACAGGCUACUGACAGGUGCUCUCUGAUCCGCUCCAUUAAAGUGAGGGUAAAACUUGAGAGGAAAGGAAAAAAACUUAAGUAGAACAUAACUGAAAGAUUAACGAAAUUAACUACUAAAAAAAUUGAAGUAAAUAACCAGAUGGAGGGCCGAAAGUCACAGUGUUUCGUGACCUCGGCGUGAAGUGCGUGACAUGUCAUUAAAAAAAAUGUAAAGUUGUGACAGUCUACUUAAGCUCCCAACCUCCCCCCGCCAAGAUUCUAGCUACUCCCCCUACACUGCCCAUGUUAAAAAUUCCAUAAUAAUGAUAAUAAUAAUAAUAAUAAUAAUAAUAAUAUUAAUAAUAACAAUGAUAAAUAUAGAAAGGCAAAGGAAUCGCGACUCACAUAGUCCCAGGAUCCCUAAUCUUGUCAUCGUCGAAAGGCAUUUAAGACAUUAAGAGUUCAUCGCUUGGCGCAGUAACAACGGAGACAAGGCCUACUAACGAGAACAGGAGAACAGGAGAAACAUUCGCAUAACUAAACACUCAACAAUUACUGAAAAAAGCGAGGACACAGCGGUGUUGAGCUCCGGAAACUAACGGCACUUGUGCGUGACUGUCACGAAAUUUUUUUGUUUUUUUGAAGUGUCUUGUAAUACGAAAGCAUUACUUUUCUUGUAUCAAACGGGGUUAUUAUUUGUUGUUGUAAAGUCCCUAGAGUAGCUAAAUUUUAACUUGUGAUACAAGUACAUUCGCCUUCUUCCGCUUGCUCAUGCUCGAUCUCCCAAGGGAUAUAGCCGGUAUGGUUGUCAUGGAAACUACACAAGGAUCCGUGGAAUUGACAGCUCCGUCUCUCGAAAAGAACAUUCGAUCGGUGAUUUAGCAAAGGUAAACAGGAUUUUCGCGUUUGAGGUGUCUGUUGCUGAAAGCUAUUUUAUCAAAGGUAAGGUUAGUCAUCUCUUUAAGUCUCUGAUAUUUUGUUCUGGUAAAAUCAUGAGUCAGAUUCACCAAAAUGCAAUUUAACGGGGCGAUAAAUCUAUAAUCCCUUGAUUUCACUUGUUUGCGAGAACUAAGGUUACAUGCAGAGCACAUAAAAGCUUAUCUUCUUUCACGUUUUCAGCACGUUAUCGUGGACAUUGCUUGGGUUUAGCUAACAAUUCUUUGGAUUAUACUUUAAUUUGAGCUGGAACAAAAGCUUUUCAAUUUGUCUGACAAAAGAUAACCUCCCUCAAGCCGACUUAAACAAUCGAUCACGUUACCCAACUUUACUGAACUGAAUCGAGCUCUCUAAUAAAUGUUGAAGCGUCGAAUCGAUCAUUGAUCACUUCAGAACAUUAUCGAGACCCCAGUGGUACCAGAAUUUCUUUAAUUGAUGACCAAAAUGUAAUCUUGAACUAAGCGGCCGUGAGUCCUUUGAAAUGUCUUAACGGACUUAUAAACCAUGAAUUGACUUUGGUAACACAGCAUCAGCAACAUAAUUACAACACAAGAAAUAAAGCCAAUUUUGAAUUCCCCAGUGUAAAGAGGAACUGAGGGAGACAAAGCACUGCAUAUCAUGCUGUGAAUGACUUUAAUUCACCUAGUUAGGUAAUAGGAGAAUCUGCUAAUAUUAUUACAUUCAAGCGACAUAUUUUAACUUCUUAAUUUAAUUCUCAGUUAUAAUUCCUUUUUUUCUUUUAAUUUUAUGUAUGUAUUUUAGUCUAAAUCUGCGAGGUCCUUUUGAGCUUCGGAAUUCUUCAUGGAAGAACUUGAAAGUAAAACGGCAAAGUUGAAAGUUUUCCAGGGUAAACGAAUAGUUUUUGUAAAAUUCCGAAAAUCUAAUUAUGUUGACUCAAAUAACUCUUUGAUUGUACGCGAUGUCCUACUAAGUCAGUGAACUUGUUCAUCUUGCAACCAACAGAUCUGAACAGGAGGUUGAUGGGAAAUUAGAUUGCAAGCCAAAUUUAUUUUUGGUUUUCAAGGGAAAUCGCUUCAAUCUUGUAAUUUCGGUUGUACAAAAAAGAAUAGUAAUUUUGAGCCUUGAUUGAUUGAGCUGUAUGGCCUCUUAAUUCCUUAUGCAGACAGGGCAAAACAUGUGUUAAAGGAAGGAAAAAAACCAGCUUUUUCUUAAGCUGGUGUUUUGUUAGUGCAAGCCAUUGCAAUUUAUGUUACACAGUUUCCAUGGAUGGUCUUUUGGUCCAGUUCAUGUUAGUGUAUCUGUUUAUGUAAGAGCAAAUUAUUCAACCAGGGAGAUGACAGUUUUAACAGCUUUGGUUUUACUAAGCUAACAAAAGGGCAUAAACAAUUAUUACUCUCUCUCAAAAUCAGCAUAACAACAGUUUGCUCUCUUUCAGCUUGACAAUGCAUGCUAGAAAUGCCACAGUGAAGAAGGUUGACAAGACCUUGCGAGCAUUGAGCUCUGUCACUCUGUCAGUCAAUCCGAAUCAUGUAAAACUCAAACCAGGCACUUCUUCACCUGCAAGUGGCACUGAUGAGAGUGACGAUUCAGAUGGAUGGGAAACUGAUUUAGAGUGUGAAGAGGUACUUGUAAUCUCACUUUGUACUCUACCUAUGAACACUACACUUGACACUACUUCAAAUUUAAAUAUAGUGGGGCUACUUGAAAGGCCCUUUUACAAGAGCCUGGAAAGCCACCAUGAUCUCAAUAGAUUACAAGCAGUCCCUCCUUUUCAGUGAGAUCCUUCACAUGAUUCCAAACAAUUAUGUGACAAAAGAAUUCUGGAAUUACUUUCUGUGUGCCUUGCUCCCAGAGUUCAAAAUGGCAUGCCAGCCACAAUCCCUUUUUUCCCUUUUUUUUCAUGGCCACAGAUUUCACCAGCUGUGAGGGACUGCUUGAAGUCUACUAUCUCACCCCAUUUAUUUUUUCUUUGCUGAAAGUUCAAUUGAUUUAGAUAAGAUUACAAGCCAGCCCUGUUAUUGUGAUAACCCUUACUAAAAAAUUGGCAAUAAAUGUAAUCCAGCCCUGAUUUGAGUGUGGGGGUACUCACUUAUUCAGCCUAAACAGGCUAAAAGAGGGUAUGAUAGCAGGUUCCUGAGUCACGAAAAGGGUAUACAAUCUUUUUGAACUAGAGAACAUGUUUGUGAACUGGAAGACUUAACCCUUUUACUCUUAGAAUCUCGAUAUCGAUUCUAGUUUCUGUUAGCCAUACAUUAUCUUUUUUUAAGCUCUGAGAAUUUGGUUUUAAAUCAAGUGCUAUCACAUGGUCAAUUUUCUUCUUUCUUCUCAAUACCUUUCCACUUGAAAAUGUAUUGAGAUUGUUAAGAGAAAUUCCAUUUUGGUCACUCCUUGUAGUUUUAACCCUUUAAAUCCCAAGAUCUGAUUGUUAAUUCUCCCCUUUAGCUGCUACACAUUUCCUUGUAAAUUAGUUAUGAGAACUUGGUGCUAGAUCAAGAUAGCAGCUUCUACCUGAUAAGUUUGAAUAUUCUCUUUACCUGUUUGCUGAAGAAUGUAUGGAUAUUGUAGGGAGAAGUUUUAUGUUAAUCACUUCUGGGAGUUAAAGGGUUAAAGGAUUAAGAAGAGUACAAGUGUCAAGCACCCCCUUCCCUGCCCUUGACAAUGGUAGACUUCAUUUUUAUUUAUUGUUCAACAAGCACCCCCUGUUGCAACCUUUUCUGCAUUUAUGGAAUUGAUAAAAAAAACUUUGAAAGAAAUUAGUUGGCACUUGCACCCUGACAGGCGCAAUUAAGGACUGUUUCAUUUUUAUUGUUCAGUUUCGGCCACACGCUUAUCGGCUAAUUCAAAUAAUUGAAAUUUUAAUGACAUACAGUAAUAUGUUUGGUCAGGGGUAUGAAAAAAAAGAGGUUUUGGGAUUUUUUAGGUGAACUGGACUUGUAUUAUUCCUUUGGCAUUUAAGGGUUUUUGUGGAUCUUAUGGAUUUUGAGGGCUGUCAGAAAAAACUGUCAGAACAACCCACUUUCCCCCUUGACAAUAUUAGGCUUUAUUUUCUUCAAUUAUUCAACCAUGAAUAGUGGAAGGGGGGUUUUGUUGUGGAGUACAGUUAACUUUUAAUUUUUCUUUGUAAUAUACCGGCGCCCUUCAAUGUGGCGAUGCUGCAAGUGAAUCAAUUAUUUUGUAGGUUGCAUGAAGAUGCAGUCUUGCGUCUAUACAACUCAAUUUCAAACUAGACUCUCUCUUCUUUCAGCUGAAGCCACAGUAUGAUCCAACAGGGCGAACCCUAUACCAGCGUGCUUGUCAGAAACUUGGUAUUGUUCCUGCCUCCUUCUUUAUGCGGCACAUGACAGAGCCAACAGUUACUAUGUCACACCAUGGACUUGGUCCAUUAGGCAUCCGAGCAAUGGCAUUGGCUCUUUUAUACAAUACAAGAGUCACAAGUCUGAAUAUCAGAGACAAUGGUAUUGGAGAAGAGGGAGGUGAGAUUGUGGCAAAACUGCUAAGAGAAAACUACUUUAUAGUGGAGUUAGACAUGUCUGAAAAUCAGCUUGGUAGAGGAGCAGUUGCAGAGAUGGCAGAAACUCUUAAGGAGAACAAUACACUAACAAAACUUGGACUUGCAGGAAAUACCCUUGACGAUAAAGAUGCUGAGGUAAUAUGCCAAUCAUUGCUGGUAAACAAUACCCUCAGCCACCUGGAUCUAAGCUGUAAUAAAUUCUCUAACAAAGCUUGUGAGUUCUUUGCAAAAGUUCUUGAUGAGAACAUUACAUUAUCAGAUCUUGAUCUUAGCUGGAAUCACAUACAAGUCAAAGGUGGACUGGCUCUAGCCAAAGGACUGAGAGGAAAUGUGAAGCUCAAAAGCCUGAACUUGGCAUGGAAUGGUUUAGCAGAUGAUGCAGCACGAUCAUUAGCAGGGGCUCUGCUUGAGAAUGGUACCCUACAAUUCUUGGAUUUAAGCAGCAAUAGGAUUUCAGACACAGGUGCUUUCAGCAUUGCUAGAUGUCUGGAGAGCAAUUCUUCACUAGAAGUUCUACGGCUGUCAAAAAAUAACCUUAAAAACAAAGGGGCUAGCGCUCUUCUGAAUUCCAUUAUAAAAAAUGGAGACAGUAGAAUUCACAAGAUUGAUCUCAUUGGUACACCCCUAAAAGAGGAAUUUCACAUAAUUGCAGAAGAAUCGAGAAAGUUGAGGCAAAUUGAAAUAAUUACAGAUGAGACUCCAGAAUUAAGGCACAAACAAGAAGAACCUGACCCAGGGACACUUUUGCGUAACUACAUUGCAAAGGAACAUGUUCAAAUUGUAGACUUAUUUAGAAAGUUGGACCGAGAUGGGAGCAUGCAAGUGAGUGUGAAGGAAUUUGCAGAAGGGCUGCGGAAAUCUCAGGUUGGGUUAACACAGUAUGAGGUGGACAGAAUCAUUGAUGUGCUUGAUGCAGACAAAGAUGGUGAAAUAGACUACAGUGAAUUUGUUUGCAUACAAGGCGAAUGGAAAAAUGAUGAGAAGGGAAAACGAAAAAUUUCAAAACCACCUCAUUAG